UGGGGCGGGGGCGGGGGGGCGCCCGGGAGCCGAGUGGGGGGCGGCGGCCAGCAUGCGGCCCCGCAGCGCCCUGCCCCGCCUGCUGCUGCCGCUGCUGCUGCUGCCGGCCGCUGGGCCGGCCCAGUUCCACGGGGAGAAGGGCAUCUCCAUCCCAGACCACGGCUUCUGCCAACCCAUCUCCAUCCCGUUGUGCACGGACAUCGCCUACAACCAGACCAUCAUGCCCAACCUUCUGGGCCACACGAACCAGGAGGACGCGGGCCUGGAGGUGCACCAAUUCUACCCGUUGGUGAAGGUGCAGUGCUCCCCCGAACUGCGCUUCUUCUUGUGCUCCAUGUACGCGCCCGUGUGCACCGUGCUGGAGCAGGCCAUCCCGCCGUGCCGCUCCAUCUGCGAGCGCGCGCGCCAGGGCUGCGAGGCGCUCAUGAACAAGUUCGGCUUCCAGUGGCCCGAGCGCCUGCGCUGCGAGCACUUUCCGCGCCACGGCGCCGAGCAGAUCUGCGUGGGCCAGAACCACUCCGAGGACGGCACGCCGGCGCUGCUCACCACCGCGCCUCCGCCGGGCCUGCAGCCGGGGGCCGGGGGCACCCCGGGCGGCCCGGGCGGCGGCGGCGGCUCUCCCCCGCGCUACGCCACGCUGGAACACCCGUUCCACUGCCCGCGCGUUCUCAAGGUGCCGUCCUAUCUCAGCUACAAGUUCCUGGGCGAGCGCGACUGCGCGGCGCCUUGCGAGCCCGCGCGGCCCGACGGCUCCAUGUUCUUCUCGCAGGAGGAGACGCGCUUUGCGCGCCUCUGGAUCCUCACCUGGUCCGUGCUGUGCUGCGCCUCCACCUUCUUCACCGUCACCACCUACCUGGUGGACAUGCAGCGUUUCCGAUACCCGGAGCGGCCCAUCAUCUUUCUGUCGGGCUGCUACACUAUGGUUUCGGUGGCCUACAUCGCGGGCUUCGUGCUCCAGGAGCGCGUCGUGUGCAACGAGCGCUUUUCCGAGGACGGCUACCGCACGGUCGUGCAGGGCACCAAGAAGGAGGGCUGCACCAUUCUCUUCAUGAUGCUCUACUUCUUCAGCAUGGCCAGUUCCAUCUGGUGGGUCAUCCUCUCGCUCACUUGGUUCCUGGCGGCGGGCAUGAAGUGGGGCCACGAGGCCAUCGAGGCCAACUCGCAGUACUUCCACCUGGCCGCGUGGGCCGUGCCGGCGGUCAAGACCAUCACGAUCCUGGCCAUGGGCCAGAUUGACGGCGACCUGCUGAGCGGCGUGUGCUUCGUGGGCCUCAAUAGCCUGGACCCGCUGCGGGGCUUCGUGCUGGCGCCGCUCUUCGUGUACCUGUUCAUCGGCACGUCCUUCCUCCUGGCCGGCUUCGUGUCCCUUUUUCGCAUCCGCACCAUCAUGAAGCACGACGGCACCAAGACGGAGAAGCUGGAGCGGCUGAUGGUGCGCAUCGGCGUCUUCUCGGUGCUCUACACCGUGCCCGCCACCAUCGUCAUCGCCUGCUACUUCUACGAGCAGGCCUUUCGGGAGCACUGGGAGCGCUCGUGGGUGAGCCAGCACUGCAAGAGCCUGGCCAUCCCGUGCCCGGCGCACUACACGCCGCGCAUGUCGCCCGACUUCACCGUCUACAUGAUCAAAUACCUCAUGACGCUCAUCGUGGGCAUCACGUCGGGCUUUUGGAUCUGGUCCGGCAAGACGUUGCACUCGUGGAGAAAGUUCUACACCCGGCUCACCAACAGCCGGCACGGCGAGACCACCGUGUGAGGGGCUGCCCCAGCGGCCGCGUCCCCAGGCGGGCCUCUCCCCCCCACCCCGCCCGCGCGCCCGCACGGGG